AUGUCGGACAAGAUGGCGGCGGCCGCGGCCUCCCCUCAGCCGCAGCCCGGGCCCGGCCCGCCGGCGGCGGAGGAGGAGGGCGGCGGCCCGCGGGGCGGCGGGGCGGACGGGGAGGCGGAGGCGGAGGAGUUCGGGUGCCCGGCGCACUGCUCCGACCUGGCCUGGCGGCAGAACGAGCAGCGCCGGCACGGCCUGUACUGCGACAUCACCCUGGCGUUCGGCGGCGGGCGGCCCGGCGCGGCCCGUGAGUUCCAUGAGUUCCGCGCGCACCGCUCCGUGCUGGCGGCCGCCACCGAAUACUUCGCGCCGCUGCUCUCGGGCGGCUUCGCCGAGUCGCGUUCGGGCCGCGUGGAGCUGCAGAAGUGGAGCUCGGAGGGCGGCCCCGACCCCGACACGGUGGAGGCCGUCAUCGGCUUCAUGUACACCGGCGCCAUCCGCGUCGGCCCUGGCAACGUGCACGAGGUGCUGGAGAUGGCCGACAGGUUCCUGCUGACCCGGCUGAAGGAGUUCUGCGGGGAGUUCCUCAAGAAGAAGCUGAACCUCUCCAACUGCGUGGCAGUGCACAGCCUGGCGCACAUGUACUCGCUGAGCCAGCUGGCGCUGCGGGCGCAGGACAUGAUCCGCAGGAACUUCCACAGAGUCAUCCAGGAUGAGGAGUUCUACACGCUGCCCUUCCACCUCAUCAGGGACUGGCUGUCCGACUCGGAGAUCACGGUGGACUCCGAAGAAGUCCUCUUCGAGACCGUCUUGAAGUGGGUUCAGAGGAAUCCCGAGGAAAGGGAGAGGUACUUCGAGGAACUCUUCAAGCUGCUGAGGCUGUCUCAGAUGAAGCCCACGUACCUCACGCGCCACGUCAAAUCCGAGAGGCUGGUGUCCAGCAACGAGGCCUGCGUCAGGCUGGUGUCAGACGCCGUGGAGAGUCACGCGCUGAGGUCUGAGAACUUGCAGUCUGGUAACCUGCAGCAUUCCGCCUGUCCUGCCGCGUUGCUGCCGCGUUUCGGACAAAACAUGGACGUCAUUAUGGUGAUCGGUGGUGUGUCGGAGGGAGGAGAUUACCUGAGUGAGUGCGUGGGGUAUUUCAUCGAUGAAGAUAGGUGGGUAAACUUGCCGCACAUCCAUAACCAUCUCGAUGGGCAUGCUGUUGCUGUGACAGAGUCUUAUGUUUAUGUGGCUGGCUCCAUGGAACCGGGAUUUGCCAAGACUGUAGAAAGGUAUAAUCCAAACAGAAAUAUCUGGGAGCAAGUCUCAAAUUUAAUAACCAGAAAGCACUCAUUUGGCCUUACUGAAGUUAAAGGAAACUUGUACAGUAUCGGUGGACAUGGCAAUUUCAGUCCUGGCUUUAAAGAUGUAGCUGUUUAUAAUCCCGAGCAAGACAAAUGGCAUAACCUGGAGUCAGCACCAAAGAUCCUUCGUGACGUCAAAGCUGUUUCUGUAGAAGACCGGUUUGUUUAUGUUGCUGCUCGUACCCCGGUUGACAGUGAUAGUGAAGAUGGAUUGAGGGCAGUUAUUAUCAGAUACGAUGCUGAAACAAGGCAGUGGCAGGACGUAGAGUCUCUGCCGCUCAUUGAUAAUUACUGCUCUUUUCAGAUGUCAGUUGCAAACACAAACUUUUACCAUACAGCAUCCUGCUGCCCCAAGAGUUACCCUAUAGAUAACGAGGAAGCCAAGGUAAAGAUCUCUGGCAGGGCCUCAGAUGAGAUACUUGAAAGUUUACCCCCGGAGGUCCUUAGCAUUGAAGGGGCAGCUAUUUGUUAUUAUAAAGAUGAUGUUUUCAUCAUUGGGGGGUGGAAGAACAGUGAUGAUAUUGACAAGCAGUACAGGAAGGAGGCCUAUCGCUACUGCGCUGAGAGGAAGCGCUGGAUGCUUCUGCCUCCCAUGCCUCAGCCUCGCUGUAGGGCAACAGCCUGCCACGUCAGAAUCCCCUUCAGGUGCCUGCAGGGCACGCAGAGAUACCCGAUGCCGCAGAACCUCAUGUGGCAGAAAGACAGAAUCAGACAGAUGCAGGAAAGGCAGAUGCAGGAAAUACACCGACACUCCCUGAGCUUGCGAAGAAUGCCACGCUCACAGAUUGAGUGCUGACUUCUGGGUUGCCAACUCUUGAGAAGGUAGUUCAGGAAAUACUGUGCUAAACCAUUUUGCGAGGCAUUUUAUGCCUUUAUAAGACAUCAGGGCGUUGAGUAGGUUUGACAUCUAAAAGUGGCAUCUUUUAUAUACUGAAAGUUACAAAGGUCAGAAAUUGAAGAUGAAUGGGAAUUGAGAAACUGAAUCCAACAAUACUACUUAACAGUGCCCAGGAAAAAGCUGCUUUCCUGUACCAGACUGUGACACAGAUCUUUGUUUUCAAGGAUUUCUGUGGAGUUGGUCUCCUACAGUUCUAUUUUGAAAAUCAAAGAUCUCUCUCUAAUAAUUUAGUGGUUACAUUCGUGUGUGCUGAAAGCACCUGCUUUAUUUGCACUCAGUAUGUUGACAUUCCUUUGAUUCUCCUCAGUGACUAAACUACACUUGUAAUCAAUGUUAGUGUACUUGGCUUUCUCAAGUCGGAGGCGAGUGCAGUAGUUAAUAACUACAUGUGGAAAUGAAAGCACAAUCUCUCUUUGUGGAGUUACUUCAGGAUGUUUCUAUGUGUAAUGAAUAUUGUGUGUCUGUACGUUGUAGAGAGGCUGUGUGUUCAUUUGUGAAUGGUUGAUGAGCAGAACGUCAGACACUUGCUAGAAGAGAACUCGAGGCAGUGAUCUUUUUCAGGCGUAUCUGGGGAGGCUUUGAGUUUCCUUAGGAGCUUCAAAGGAGAGAGCCAGCAGAGCAGUCAUGGACCAAAGUCAGUCCCUUCUGUCUGUGUGGAUUAGUAAGAAUGCCAUUAUCCCACAGGAGCGGAUUGAAACUUGAGCUACUUGUCAGUGCUUUCUCAAAUGCUGAACGCAUUUAAUUGUAGUGAAGGAGUGUUUGGAAGAACCCCCACACGCCUGUUUGCAGCCUGUCUUUGACAAUCAGCACCUCUGGCCUUCAGUGUCUUUCCCACGGGACUCUCAGUAGCUGUGCUGCAGUGCUCCUCAACAAACCAGUGCUCGGUGUUCUCAGGGGGGCACUGCUGAGGAUGGCAUGCAGACUCCGAGAUGCAGCUGGAGAUUGUACAGUCUCUAAAUAUUUUUAGAGGCUAACAUUUCUGUUGAUUACAGGUGCUGUGCUGUGGUUUUCCAUCAGUCAGUGCCCCGCUUGGCUCUGGUUUGUAAGUGCUGCACCCCUGGGAAACAGAAGGUCGAAUCGUUCCUUUGGAGAAUCAUCUGUCCUGCCGAGCGCCUCCCUGAUCUGAGGAGCUCCAGGACAGCUGUUACUACUGGUUCAGUGCAUCCCUCCUACCUCCUUUUCUUCCUCGUCCUUCCCUUUGUUUCAGUGUUCCAGGUUUUCACGUGUGACCCAACUCAGGAUAUUAGGGAAGGGAAGGGAAUGGAAGGGAAGGGAGGUGCCAGCAGGGCGCUGCAAAGUUUGAGUUGACAAACAGUGGAGGAGCUGUGUGCAGUCUGUGGUUCCUGUGAUAAUUCUCUGGGGCUUUUGACGCGGGCAACUCCUUCGAAAAAGGUCUGAACAUUUUUUUGUUUUGUUGUGCUUCUGUUUUUUGUUGUUUAGCUUUCUGAACUGAUCCUUCUCAUUUUCCAAUUCAGCAGGCAACCUAGAUCAUAUCUGAGACCCUGGGUAAGGGUAAGUCUUUCAGUCGCAUAACGUGUAAAGGUUUCUGUGGUCUGUAAUAUCCUUGAUGCUCCUCUUAGUUCACCUGCCACUCUGACAUCAGCAGUCCUUUUGUAAGGGAGAAAAACCCAGCCUCGUAAAAAUUAUCUUGAAAACCUUAACAGUUCGUUUCAAAUUACUUCUCAGUAGAAACCAUCCUGUAUUUGAUUUGCCUGCUACGUUGCUGUGCAGUGGCAGAUUAAAUUGUACAGGGCUGGUUUAGUGCAAGAGAGGAAAUGGUUAAACUUAUUGAGCUUUAAGGCUGAUGUUCAGUAACGACCAUUGCCAAAUCAGCUCCUGCAGGCCCUUGAGGAAGGGCUGCAUCCAUGGAGUUUGGCCCAUGAGCUCUGGCUGCUUUGGCUGGAGUAGGUUAAGAAUUACUGCCCCCAUAGGAGGGUUUGUGAGCAGACUGUGUGCAAAUGCCUCACAGCUUCAAUGCUGGAAUUACGGUUUAAUUGCAGCGGGAGCUGAAUUUAAGGCACUUUGCACAGAAGCAGUGAGAACAGUUUAUGUGUUCCCUCCCUGCUGACUUCACUGCAGGGAGAUGAUGAGUAAAGGACACGACCUUGUCAGCCCACCGCAGCUCCAUUGGAGCCCUUAGGCACUCUGACAACAAAUCUGGGACAAUUUAUGGGAGAAAGCACUGAAAUUGUGGUUCGGUUGGAAUAUAAACAGCGCGGUGCAGCGUGCAGCUAAGUUGGGCGCAGGAAGAAAUUUCUGGCGGUCUUUUUCUAAGUGAAACCAAUACCUGCACUCAGCAGGACCUCAAUCUGACAUACGAGCUAUCUUGUUUCCUAAAGACAUUCCACCGAAAGGCAUCAGAACAACUUAAUAACCUGUGAAUGCCAGCCAUGGUUCUGUAUGUGAUGCACUGUAUUUCUGUGUUCUGUUUGCAUGGGGAGUGAUGGCACUGCGACAGCACUGGUUUGCUUUAACCUGUGCAAGGCCAACGCUAUGGAAUUGUUCAGUGGUUGGAUUUUUAUAGCCUUGACCAGCUGCAUUACACAGUUUGUAACUGACGAGUCCCACUGUCUGCUGCCUCACCUGUAGGUGUUGAGAAGAAUUGAAUCUGGCUGUAAUUUUGCUCACUAACCUGUGACUCGUGUAACAGAUGCAUUCUGGCCCUCAGUGCUGUAGCUUGCUGAGUGCUUGUUUUAAAGUAAUCCUAUAAGCAACAGCUUGGGAAUCCUUCCAUGUGUAGUGGGUAGUUAAUGUCAGUAAGAUUCUAGUGUGUGUGAAGCACUACAAGGCUGAUUUCUGUCCUUGCAAAGGAACAUCAGGUGGUGUUUUUCCUCCCUAAGACAAUCAUAGCUGUAUUGGACACAUGCCACACAAUGCAUGUUGCACAUCUGUCUGCUCCAGCUGUCAGUGAGGUAGGACACGUGCUGCCUGGCACUGCGUGCUCCCUGCAGUCAUUCCUAGGUAGGUGCCAUAGAUGUACAUAUGUUUUAUAAGGACUUGGAUAUUCUGUUACUAUGCUAGUUUUGUAUAUAUAUUUUAAUAAGAUUUCCUCACACAGUAGGGUUACUCCAGAAAUAGAGAAAACAUGCCAAUUUUCCAGCAUGCUUUAUAAAAAACUGUCCUAGGUUGGUCACUAUUAACAAAGUGGGUCACAAAGAGUAGCAGCUUCUUAGGUUAUUUCUAUCACAGCGUUUAAUCCCACGUUGCAGCACUCACUGAGCUCAAACUGUUGGAUGGCUUGGAUCUAUUUUCAGCUGUGCCCAAAUUAUUUGAGAAUAUAAGUGGUAUCUCUGAUCUGACAGUCUUAAGUGGAAGUCUGAUAGAACAGGUGCUUCUGAGGAUCCAAUCCUAUUACUAACAUGAAUGUAAAGUGUGGGGCUAAUUCGAUGUUUGAAGGCCAUUAAUAGUAAGAUACUCCUCAUAGGUCCGUGUCACUGUGGAUCAAGGCAGCUGUACUCAGUGUUCAUGUAGACUUCAAGAGAAUGCUUGGGCAAGCAGCACUCCUGUACUUAACUUCCAGUAAGGUAAAGUAGUGUCUGUGUAGGCUGUUGGAAACACUCCCGCUGUGAUGUUCCUCACAUACAAUGCACUGUACUAGAGUUUAUUGUAAGAAGUGAGCUAACAAAAAUAAACCUUUUAUUUCUCUAGCA